AUGGACCGAAUCAUAGAAAUUACAGAGGAGAUCGACAAUGAGGGCGAAACAAUUGAAGUUCAAAUAUUUGAUGUAGAGAAGAUAAACAUUGAGGACGAAGCAAUUGAAGUUCAAAUAUUUGAUGUAGAGAAGAUAGACAUUGAGUACGAAGCAACAAUUGAAGAUGAAAUAUUUAAUGCAUCAAUGGAGAAAAAUUGGACAAAAGUUCACGAACUGUACAGCAAAUACAAGUCUGUCCAUGAAUCCAAACUCACCAAAUCUGAAGAUACUGCUCUUCACUUAGCCAUCUCUUCUUACCAUCCAGAUCGAGAUGACUCUUUACAGCAUCCUCAUCUUACUUGUAUUAAGGAAAUGAUUGCCAGCAUACCAAAGGAAAAUCGACCGGGUAUCUUAAAACAGAAGAAUGAAAAAGGGAACACACCUCUUCACCUUGCAGCAGAACUCGGACUUGUCUCGAUUAUUGAGUAUUUGGUAAACCCAGAAGACCGUACUCUCAUCUGGGAGACCAAUUCAAAAGGGGAAACCCCCUUAUUCAUAGCUGCUUAUCGUGGGAAGCUACAAGCUUUUCUCUACCUCCAUAAGUGUGUUCAAAAUGAAAAAAAAGAAGGUCCAACUGAACUGUGUAGAAGGGAAGAUGGGGAUAACAUUCUACACGCCGCCAUCUCUGGCGAGUACUUUGAGGUGGCUUUUCAGAUAAUACAUUACUAUCCGCCACUUGUCAACUAUUACAACACAGAGGGCAUGUCUCCUCUACACUUCCUUUCCAGGAUGCCUCAAGUAUUCAAAAGUGGCAGCCAUUUUCGAUUCCUGGACAGCAUAAUCUACUACUGCAUAAAUAUCAAAGAGAUAGAGCUAAUGAAAUAUGAAGCUGAAGGCAAAGAAGACUUAAAACGUAAACACGGUCGGAAUCUCCCAGAGAACUACAAAACACUGGUGGAGUUCUUGGAACUACUUCGGUAUCAGAUUCAGAAAUUUCGAGUUUAUAUUAAAAAAAAUUAUUUUGGGCGUCAAGAGAACAAGUCUAAAGGCCAUCAAAGUUAUCGUCAAAAUGAUCCCGAGAAUCCCUCAAAUAAAGAUACUACUAACAUGAAUCAAGACAAGAUGUCUCAAGAUACUACUAACAUGAAUCAAGACAAGAUGUCUCAAGACCAUCAAAGCAAUUGUCAAUAUGAUCCCGAGAAUCCUCCGAUUAAAUGUGAAUGCACGAUUAAAUGUGAAUGUACAGGCAUGCAUAUACUGCAGUGUAAACUAGCUAAAGAGAAGGUAAACGGCAAGUUGUUUCCACCCAAUUACAGCAUCUUUAUCGAGUUUCUCAAAUGUCUAAUGAAGAUUGUGCUAGUUGUAUUGGGUAUUGGACUCCAAAGGAUUAAAAAUUUAGAGGAAACAAAAAAGAAACAUACAAGGGCAUUUCAAAUUAUGAAGUUGCUGAUUCAGAAAGAAAAACGUUACAAAUUCACUAAAAGUACAGGGGGAAAGCCAGAAGUUAGGGACCACCUUAGUCAACUCACUGCACCUCCUGUAGAACCUCCCCUAAUAGCUGAGGAUGAUAAUAAAAAGGACGAAGACAAGAGUAAGACUGCAGAGACCAAGCAAUCACCAACUUCAAGCACAGAUGGGAAAAAGAAAGAUGAUCACAAGUCCGAGUUGUCCAAGCCGACCAAGGAGACACCCUUAUUAGUGGCAUCAAGGAUGGGUAUCGUAGAGAUGGUAAAGAUGAUCCUUAAAAAUUUCCCAAUAGCCAUUCAAGAUACGGACUCUGAAGAGAAGAACCUACUGCUUUUGGCUGUAGAGCAUAGGCAAACAGAGGUCUAUAAUUGGUUAAUAGGAGAAAAGUAUCCAGAGUACGUGUUUUAUCAGGUGGAUAAAAAAGGAAACAAUGCAAUGCACCUAGCCGCAAAGCUCCAGAACUUGGAUGUGUGGCGCAUCCCUGGUUCCGCUCUACAGUUGCAAGGCGAAAGGAAGUGGUACAAGUAUGUCAAGCAAACUUUGCCACGACAGUCAUAUGUUCGUUAUAACAAGAAAGGUCAGACACCAAGACAGGUCCUCAUAAAUACGCAUGCAACGUUACUCAAAGAUGGAACUAAAUGGCUCGUCACAACCGCCAAUUCAUUCUCUGUCGUUGCAGCACUGAUUGCUACAGUUGCAUUUGCUACAUCUUCCCAAAUCCCAGGCGGUUCCAAUGAUAGUGGCUAUCCAAACUUUGAAAAUCAACCUGCUUUUAACGUGUUCUCUAUAUCAUCACUUGUUUCUCUUUGCUUCUCUGUCACGGCCCUGGUGUUUUUCUUGGCUAUCCUCACAUCUCGAUGCCAACACAAUAAAUUCGAGAAAGACUUGCCAAGAAAGUUGCUCCUUGGAUUAACUUCGCUUUUUGCAUCAAUAACCGCUAUCUUGAUCUCAUUCUGUGCUGCCCAUUUCUUUGUCCUCCUUGACAACUUCAAGAAUACGGCAUUUCCAAUAUAUGCGGCAACAUGCAUACCCGUGGUGUUUUUUGCAUUAAAUCAAUUCCCUCUCUAUGUUGAUCUCAUAAGGUCAUACAUCGAACAGCGGCCUCUUCGUAGCUAUAAGGUGUUUUAUACAGAUUCCUCAGUAGCAGAUCAGAAGAAAGAAGGUAAAGAAAAGGAGGAAUAAAACAGAGAAAUUAUGACAAGAGCUAAGCGUUGCACGGUUUCCUACUUUAGUUUCCAAAUAAGACUAGGUUGGUUUGUGUCAAAAGAUGACAAGUUCAAGAAAGAUUUUAUUCGUUGAGAGGGCGCGAGGUGGAGCUAUCAUUUUUCUAUGUAUCCUGAAUAAACUUACACUUCUGUUGCAUGAUUUCAUAUACCUUGUUUUCUAAAUGUUGUUUGAUAAUUUAUGUGAACAUAUGGGAGUCUUAGGGAAGUUAUCAUACCUAGAUAGCAUGAAAAAGGUAAUAUUCUAUUUGUGAUCCUAUUAAAUAAAGAAAAAGAUCAGCUUUUCAAGGA